AUUGCUAUGCUUUUCUAUCGCUCGGUCUCCUCAUCCCCUCAGUGAUGCGAUCAUCAUGGAGGAAGAACAGGUACAUGCUAUCGAGUGAAGAGGACUACCGCACCACAAAAGCGCAGCUGCUACCUGCGGGAAUCUAUUGCGUCUUUGGCCGCCUACUCUCAUUCCCUUUUCUUGCUUGAAUACAUUGUGUCACUGGCGGUGAGUCAAUUCUAAAGAGUAGAAGAGGAACGAGGAAAAACCAUCAAAAUGAAAAAAAUUUUGAGGGUGGUGACACAGUUCUUUGUGUUCCUGUACUGUAAAUGUCUGUGGCGAGGCCUAAAGUUUGUGAUCAGGAAGGUCACGGGGUGGUGUGAACUGCAGCGGAUUUGCUACAACAUCAAGCCAGGGGCCCGCAGGACCCUUAAGAUUGAGUCCUCUCUCAGGUACUCAAAGAACGAGCUGUGCCAGUCUGCCCUCAGUGCUCACCCAGACCGUGUGGAGAAAACCAUCGAUAACAUCAUGACCCUGAAGAAGAUCAACGCGGACACUAACCCACAGCUGGGCAUCUCCCUCCAGGCCAGCCUGUUCCAGAUCGUGGGCUACCGUAGCCUGGUGGCGGAGGUGGAGACGCUACGCAGGGAGCCAUACGACUUUGAGAACCCCGACCACGAGGAGAUGCUGAUGAAGCUGUGGAAGACACUGCGUCCUGAUUCGUCACUUACCGGGCGGAUCUCCAAGCAGUGGUGUGAGAUCGGUUUCCAAGGCAAUGACCCCAAGACCGACUUCAGGGGAAUGGGUUUACUGGGUCUACGCAACCUUCUAUAUUUUGCUGAGCAUGACAAGGCCACCGCUCUCCAGGUGCUUUAUGACUCCCUGCAGCCCAAACACAGAUACUCCUUUGCCAUCGUGGGCAUCAACAUCACAGACCUGGCCUACUCUCUGCUGGUGAGCGGAGCCCUGAAGACCCACCUGUACAAUGUAGCCCCGGAGAUGCCCAGCCUCAGUCACUUCCAGCAGACCUUCUGUUACCUAAUGCAGGAGUUCCAUCGGUUCUGGAUCGAGGACGACCUCUGUGACAUCAUGGAGUUCAACCGUGUGCGCUCCAAGCUCCACCGACGGGUGCUGCGACAGCUCAAGAACCCCGACAUGGCACUGUGCCCCCACUUCGCAGCCUCUGACCUCCACCUGGUCAACCUCUAAACACACUCCCAUUGACUAACCACCAACCUCUAACCCCUGACCUGUAACCUCCUCAACCCUUCCUCCACCCUCCCAGUUACAUCAUGUCACUGCCAACUGCUCACCCAGCCAGCGCUCACACACAUUCUCUCACACACACACCCACUCCUCCACACCCUGCCUAUAAGUCCCACAGCGACUUCAGAACAACCAGCACCACACUGACGACCAUGGUGAUUGUAGCAGUCUAAUCACUAGAAAUAGACGCCGAUUUUGGAUGUUUGAAAAGAUCCUGAGAACGCCUUCCUUGGCUCACACAAAAAAUACUUGAUGAUAGAUGGAAACAGUGUGUUUUUAAUUAUUUUGUUUUAAGCCUUCCACAAACCACAGCCCUAACCUUAACCACUCGGAAUGAAUACCUAAACUUAACUGACUUGUUUCAACCCUGUAACCACACGGAAUUAACCCUGUAACCAAGUGGAAUUAAUGAGUCAAAAAUAGAUGUUCAUCCAUAAUAAGUCAAAUUUCAAAGGGAGACUAUGAGAUCUUGUUGAUUGUAAGGGUGCAUGAUGAGGCUGCACCACAGUAAUUCACUGACUCAUUGUUAUUCCUUGCUUUAACGAUUUGUGAUUGUACGAAAGCCAUUCGUUGCCGGUUAUGUAUUAUUAUUUUACAUUUUUAAAGAGGUAGUUUACCCAAAUUACCAAAUAGGAAAUGAAUAUGUUAUUUGGUAAUUUGGGUGAACUAUCCCUUUAAUUUAAUCAUCACGAAACAAGUGCUUUGUUUUCUUCAGCCUUGAAUACAUGUUGUAAUGAAUGUUCGGCCAUGAGACAAAAAGAUUUGAGGACAUUUCAGGAGGCAAUGCUUCUUCUUUACUAUUACAGGGGGCAAUAACAGUAGGUCUACACUGCACUGUCAGAAGUCACAAACUGAAAAUGCCUCAUAAGCUUAUGCUGUAUUUAUAUAUAUAUAUAUAUAUAUAUAUAUAUAUAUAUAUAUAUAUAUAUAUAUAUAUAUAUAUAUAUAUAUAGAUGUAGGAUCUUAAUUUGUUGCUGAGAAUUUCCCUGCAAAUCAGGAAAUGUAAACGUGUAGUGUAUUUGAUUUUUAAAAAGGCUUCUAAAGUUUGUAAUUUCCACUUUGAAUUUUCAGACUUGAUUUUCAAAAUGUCCAUUAAUUAUAAUCCACAUUUCCUGUUGCUACAGGAUUAUUUUCCUGCUGAAGCAAACUGGCACAAAUUAAGAUCCACAUCUCUAUAUGGCUCUGUACUGCACUGUAAUGUACUGCACUGUAAUGUACUGAACUGUAAUGUACUGUAUAAGGAAGUCAGAGAUACUGUCCAAUCUUAUAUUGCCUACCUUAUUUAUACAGAAGUGUUGAAGCAGCAAGGCUUUGUGUUACCAUGUGCGGACAGACAAAUAUUGAUCGGUUGAGGAGGAGGAUAUGAGGCCAUCAUCUCAGCCAAUCAUGCGAUGCAAGGUAGUUUCUUUCUAAAUAAUUUGUCCAAUAUUUAUCAAUUGUUAUAGAUUGUAUUUAUAUACACUAACGUUCAAACGUUUGGGGUAACUUAGAAAUGUCCUUGUUUUUGAAAGAAAAGCUAUUUUUUUUUGUUCAUUAAAAUAACAUCAAA